UAGACAGACAUGGCUUCCUCCAGCAGUCUCCUGUCUGAAGAUCAGUUCCUGUGUUCUGUCUGUCUGGAUGUGUUCACUGACCCUGUCUCCACUCCAUGUGGUCACAACUUCUGCAUAACCUGUCUCAAUAAACACUGGGACAGCAGUGAACACUGCCUGUGUCCACUCUGUAAGGAGCAGUUUAAUAUAAGACCUGAGCUUCGUGUUAACACUUUCAUAUCUGGACUGGCGGCUAAGUUCAGGAAAACAGUUCAGCUGAAAGUUAGUGGCGCUAAAGAAGAACUUGCUAUCAAACCUGGAGAAAUGUCCUGUGAUGUCUGUACUGGUCAGAAACUGAAAGUUGUAAAGUCCUGUCUGGACUGUGGGUUGAGUUACUGUGAAACUCACAUGGAGCCUCAUAAAACUGAAGCAAAACUGAAAAAACACAAACUGAUAAAUCCUGUGAAGAACCUGGAGGACUAUAUAUGCCAGAAACAUGACAGACCCCUGGAGCUGUUCUGUAGAGAUGACCAGACAUGUGUGUGUCAGUUCUGUAUUGAGGGAGACCACAAGACUCACAACACUGUUCCUCUAGAGGAGGAGACUGAGCAGAGGAAGUCUCAGGUGGGGAAAACACAGACAGAAGUGCAGCAGAUGAUCCAGGACAAACUGAAGAAGAUUAAAGACAUCAGACACUCAGUACAGAUCAGCAAAACAAACACAGAGCAACAGCUAGCAGACAGUGUGGAGGUGUUCAGUUCUCUGAUUGGCUGUAUUGAGAGAAGUCGGGCUGAGCUGAUUGAGCUGAUGGAGGAGAAACAGAAAGCAGCAGAGAGGCAGGCUGAAGGUCUCAUUAAAGAGCUGGAGCAGGAGAUCACUGAGUUGAAGAGGAGAGACACUGAGCUGGAGCAGCUCUCCCACUCUGAAGAUCACCUCCACCUCCUACAGCUGGAGAAAAAAUUCCAUGAGGAAGUCGGGAGAGAGUGUGAGAAAGAGAUUGAGAGCAGAAGGAGACUACAUGCAGUGGAUGUGACUCUGGAUCCUGAUACAGCCCAUCCCUGUCUCAUCCUGUCUGAUGAUGGAAAACAAGUGACAUGUGGAGAUCAGGAACAGAAUCUCCCUGACAACCCAGAGAGGUUUGAUUAUUCUGUGAAUGUCCUGGGAAAGGAGGGGUUCUCCUCAGGGAGAUUUUACUAUGAGGUGGAGGUCAGGGGGAAGACUAAGUGGACUUUAGGAGUGGUCAGAGAGUCCAUUAAGAGGAAGGGACAGAUUAAAGGGGGCCCUGAGAAUGGACACUGGUGUAUAUGUCUGAGGAAUGGGGAUGAGUAUAAGGCUCUAGACUCUUCCCGUGUCCUCCUCCCUCUGAGACAGAAGCCCCAGAGGGUGGGGGUGUUUGUGGAUUAUGAGGAGGGUCUGGUCUCCUUUUAUGAAAUGAAGGCCAGUUCUCAUAUCUACUCUUUCACUGGUCAGUCUUUCACUGACAAACUCUAUCCAAUUUUCUGCCCUUGGCUUACUGAUGGAGGUGAAAACUCAGCUCCACUGGUCAUCACUCCUGUCAGAUAA